AUCUAUCAAGUGAUCAUGAACUAAUAUAUGUUGCAAAGAAACUAUUAUUGUGUGUGUUUUUUUAGCGUGUGAUUUAUCUUCUUCCGUGUUUUAAAAUUUUCUGUUUUUUUAAUUUGCCAGGUUACAUAGUUGUGCUGUAUGUGAUCUAUUAAAGUCAAGUAAUUAACGUGAAUCGGUUAUUGCAUAAUCAAAAAGGGUCACCCGCGGGGUCCGGUCUGUGCGGUUUGUGCACGACGCCUCCGGCUGCGCUCCUAGAUUGGGUAGCCCCUUCAGAGGGCCGUAAAUAACAACAUGGUGGACUACUACAAAGUACUGGAAAUUUCCCGUGCAUCCUCCAACACAGAAAUCAAAAAGGCGUAUCGAAAACUGGCAUUAAAAUGGCACCCAGACAAAAACCCAGAUAAUUCAGAUGAGGCAAACAAAAAAUUCAAAGAGAUUUCAGAGGCUUAUGAAGUGCUUUCUGAUGAAAGCAAGCGGCGCAUCUACGACCAGAGGCAGAAGGCAGCGUCUAGGCCGCCACGAAGCUACAAUUUCCGCAACUUUUUCGACUCUCCGUUCCAUCGUUUCUUCGAGAAGAAGCGCCGCAUCUACGACCAGUACGGCAAGGAGGGCCUGGGGCAGACCCCGCGCAGCCGCGCCCGCCACGACGAGGACUUCGACAUGGGCUUCGGCUUCCCGUUCACGUUCCGCGACCCGGAGGAGGUGUUCCGCGAGUUCUUCGGCGGCUCGCCGUUCCAGGAUCUCUUCGGUGACGCUCACCGGAGGCACGGCAACCGCCACUCCCACCCGCAGAACACCAUCUCGUCGCAGCUGUUUGGCCCGUUCGGCAUGAGCCUGGGCACGUCGUGCUUCGACGACCUGUUCGCGAACACCGGCGCCCUGGGCUUCACAUCGUUCCAGACGUUCAACAGCAGCGUGUCGGGAGGGGGCGGCGGGGGGGGCGGGGCCCCGGGCGUCCGGCGGACCUCCACCUCCACGCGCUUCAUCAAUGGCAAGAAGAUAACCACCAAGAGGGUACAAGAGAAUGGUAAAGAAACAACCAUGACCUAUGAGAACGAUGUCCUAACCUCGAAGACUGUUAAUGGAGUUCCGCAGCCAAUCGCGUACAGCUAAACAUGGCGGAGCUCCGACAUAUUGGACGCACAGUUGCGUCGUGACUCUUUAGUGAAAAAAAUAACAAAUUUUUGUUAAUUUUUUUGCACUGGAUGCAAGAUACUGAAAUAACGGACAAGAAAACGUUGCCUUGUGGACCAUUAAUUAAAUAUUGAAAUUUCUUUCUUUCUUUUUUUUUUGCACUUAGAUUAGUUGGGCGAAGCAAGAAUGAAAGAAGAGGAAUGUUCUCUGUAAAUGGUGAUCAGUAUGAUGAUGAAUAAAUGUUUUAGCAUUUUCCCACUUAGAAAACUUAACAUUUUGUUUUAUAUUAGAAUAAUCUUAUUUUUGACUAUAGUACUAUUAAGUGUGUAUGUAACAGAUUUGUAUGGAAAAGAAUGUAAAGUAAUAAACGUUAAAAACGUUUAUCAAAUUUUAAGUUAUUUGUAAUGAAGGUUUGUGUUGAGAAAAAAAUUCCUAGGGGUAGAUUAAUUAUUAUUCUUACAAAAAAUGAACUUUUAAUAUUUGAACUGAACUCAUGCUAGUUUGAUAGCUAAUUCUUUCCAGUAAGUGGUAUGCACAUGAAAUGAAGUGUUAGUGGCCAUUAAUUUAUUAUUUCAAUUUAUUAUAUAUUAGGAAGCUAACAUUUAAGUUUCUAAAUUAUUAGUGAAUGUAUGUAAAGUUUAGAUGGAACUUAUUCUUAUUUCCCUAUAUUUCUUUUCUAAAUAUUUUGCAAUAGUAUCUCUCUAGUAGAAACAUGUUCUGACUAUUUAUAUUUUGUAAAUGUACCAAACCAUUGUGUAGAGCAAAUUACCAAUUAGAAAUUUUAUCAUGGCUUACAGCCAUAAGUGAUUAAUGUGCUGUGUAUGUUAACUACAUUAUAGUACUACAAAAUAGAAAUGAUAAUUUGUUUUAACACAAAAAUACUAUAGGGAAAAGUUUCAAGGGCAACAUGAAGCACAGUUUGUAAAGACAAAAUCAAUUUGGAUAUAGAAUAUGUACAUCAAGGUGAAAUAAAUGAAUGAAAUAGAACACAGGGAAAUUGAAACUUGUGAUAAAAUUAUAAUGUAACUAUCCUAAAGAAUGAAGUACUACUUUUUUUUUUUUUUUAAGAAAAAUACUGUAGUGUGCCGAAUCUUAACAAAUGUAACUUAAUGUAAACAUAAUAGGCAACUGACAGUUGUCAGUCAAAAGGUCAAAAAGUGUUAGUUUUUUUGGCCUGGUGUGAACUGUUGGCAUUUUAACAGCUUAACUGUGUAACUUAUGCAGAUUAUUACUUGAUGAACUCACAUUAAUUAAAACUUGAAAUUGAAGGUGGGUGUACACUUAUAAGAAACAGUCUCUAAUGUUCUCAUAGUAAUAAGACCUAGUUUUUAUACGUUCUAUCAAUAUAAAUUUAUGCAUGAAACACAAGCAUGUAUCUUUUACGUGCAUGAUAGUCCACUGAUACCACUAUAUACUUGUUGUCUACUACAAGUUUCUAUGUGUGAAGUUACAAGUAGUAGUACUGCUAUGAUCUUAAAUUUAUACAAGCCUGUCAUACCAUAUUUAAAAAAGAUGACAAAAACAAAUUUGCAUAAAUCUAUUUUUUUUUUGUACUUGUAAGAUCUGACAUAAAAUUGUAUAUUGGUCACUAUUUUAUUUUGCAGAACCAGUCAGUUGUAUUAUUGUGCUGAAAAAAUAUUUUUGAUGUAGUGAGUGCUGCAUUUGGAGUUUCUCUCACUUGCUGUAAUUACAUUUAUUGUAAAGUUUGUGGUAGAGAAUUUUAUCUUGCUGUUACUUUUAUCAUUGUGCGAAGAUAACUGUUAUGUGCUUCAAGUAAGUUCCACAAAAAUUCGUUAUUUACAUAAUACAUUUUCCCCAAUCUUUAAGCACAUCUCCAGGGUAACUCCGAUCUCUAUCGCAGCAGUUGGCCAAGUGUUCCCUGCAUUUUGCAUUAAAAUGCAAAUAUUUAUAGUGAUAUUUAUAGUGUGUCUCAUGCGUGGAUUGCAGUACAGAGUAAAUACCACUGUCGCUUGUUAACAUUAAUAAUCAUAUUUGUUGGUUUUUCAAAGGCCAUAAAAUAAUUCAAUGCUAAACACCAAUUAUUAUUUUACAGGAGAAACUAUUUGUAGCAGUUGUUCACUGUAAAUAACAAGACAUUCCUUUAAAUUAUGUUUUAUGCUCAAACAUAACAUAGUAAAAAAAGUCUCCUUAUAAGUAAUAAUUGAACGUUAUCGCCGUUAUCGGACAAAACACUUGAUAAAAUUCAACAAGAAAAUUUACUUCAUAACUGUCAUUCCAAUUUUUUUCAUAAAUUAGAAAGGUGCGUCUAAAUACUGUGGCGCUACAUCUGGCAUCAGAGCUCAGCAAGACAAGGACAGUGCUAAUUUCAUAAAUUGUGCAUUGGAAAGAGAGGGAAUACCCAUAAGAAUGCAGACUGCCAAGAAUGAGACAUGUUAUAGUACCGUACAAUCUGUUGGUGGAAGCAAAUUUGUCAAUGUUUGGAGGUCACCAUUACAUUUUCUGUACUUCUAUUUAAUGUUGUACUGUGGUUUUCCCUCCACGCUGCUACUUAAAUUAUGAUGUCGACAGGAAAUCAAAGUAAAUAAAUAUCUUUUCCAUUGAUUUUGGAAGUGGUCUUUAACUGCCAGCAAUUUGAAGUUAACAAACAUUUCAGUGUAACUUAAUUGACAGUAAAUUUAUAUGCGGGAGUGUGUGGCCAAGUUGAUAGCUAAAAUUAUUAAUUUUUAUUUUACAAGAAGACUGUGAAACAUCUUAGCCCUUUUUUGUUUUUUUUCAUGCACACUAUGUAUAAUGAAAAAAUGAUGGGUAUUUUCAUUAUUGUUAGGUUUAUGGCUUGUGUUGGUGGGCGUGUACCAUAAACAUCUAGGCGAGUAUGUAUUAGUUUGCAACUGAGGGUGAUUGCCUCUGUGGCUAGCAGCAAACGUUUUCAUUUUGACUAUUGCUUGUUAUACAAGCUUUGAUGAACUUAGACAGAGGAUGAAUAUUUUUUAAGUGUGUGUGUGUUAUUUUACAGUUUUGAGUCAUUUAAUUUUGUAUAUAGCAUUUGUGAAAGGAAAAUGAAUGCAGUGUGCAUAUGUCAUUUUUUUUUAAUGUCUGAAAUUUUAUGAUUUCAAAGGUUUAUCACAACCAUAGCUUCUUGGAUUCAUUUGUAUGAGAAUAUCAAAAUUUGAAAACAAUGUGGGUUUUUGUGAAACUUAAAGCAUCGGUUUGUGUUAGUUUGUGUGAGACAUAAAUACAUUGGUUUUGUUAAGUAUGUUUUAUGGUAUGCAGUGCAGUUUGUUAUAUGGUUAGCCAGUGUGAUGUAACUGCAAUGUACGUAAUGUUUACAUAUACACUAACGAUUUUCAAUAAAAGAAAUGUGAUAGUGCUC